UGCAGGCGUCACGCGUUGCCAGGCCUGCGGGCUUCAGAGUCUGCAGCAGACAAUGGACUCCUGGCCUUGGGACUGGGUUCCAUGCGCUGAGCUGUCGGCAGGAUGCUCGCUUGGAGCAGUAUAAGAAGGCUGUUGACUUCCCCUCUGCAUCCUCGUUCGAAAGCCUCCGCCAGGCCACCCCCGGCGAACAGAUUGUUCUACAUGGAUAUCUUGGCCCACGCGCGGAUCUCUCCAAGAAGCUCUCCUUUGUGCGUCUGACGGACCCGAGCAUGGCGCAGAGCGUGCAGAUUGUCUCGUCGGCGAAGAAUGCGGUCGCGUUCGACGCCCUGCGCUCCGUUUCGGCCAACAGCCCGGUCGCGGUGAGGGGGAUUGUACAGCAGAAGAAGAGCAAAAAUGCAAAGCAAAAAGAAGAAGGAGAAGCAGAGGACACACUGGAACUCGACCUGGUGGAUAUAUACCCGCUGAAUUCCUUCCCCAAGGAUCUCAUCAUGACGCCCGAGACGGUGUUCCCCCCCGAGCAGCGCUACCUGCAGCUUCGAUCGGACAGCCAGCUGCGGGACGCCCUGCGGUUCCGUGCCCAGGUGCAGAGUCUCUGCCGCGCCGAGCUACAGGCGAGCACGCCGGGGUUUGUUGAGAUUGAGACUCCGCUGCUCUUCAAGUCGACGCCCGAGGGGGCGCGAGAGUUCCUCGUUCCCACGCGCCGGAGGGGGCUGGCAUACGCCCUGCCCCAGAGCCCGCAGCAGUACAAGCAGAUCCUCAUGGCCAGCGGUAUCCCGCGGUACUUCCAGUUCGCGCGCUGUUUUCGUGACGAGGAUCUCCGCGCGGACCGCCAGCCGGAAUUCACACAGCUCGAUAUGGAAAUGUCGUUUGCAACCGGGGAGGACGUCAUGCGCACCAUCGAAGGAGUUAUCCGCCGACUCUGGACGACACUCAUGCCAGACCCGGUCCCUGCGGGCCCGUUCCGCAGAAUGCCUUACCAGGAGGCAAUGGCCCGCUACGGCUCUGAUAAACCGGAUACCAGGUAUGGCAUGGAGAUCUCGCAGAUCGACCAUCUCCUUCCCGCCGACCUGGUCAGCAAGAUCACCUCUCUACCCGUGAGCGACAACCCGGUGGUCGAGGUAUUCAAGGUGGAGAGCCACGAUAACGACCCGGCGGCCACCCUGGAGUUUGUUCGCGGCUUCUUCGACUCUAGCGCCGGGGGCCCCUUCAACCAGAAUCCGGAGGGGGCGCCGGGCAUAUUCAUCUACGAUGCUAAAAAGCCCCUCUGCGGCCUGCAGCCAUUGGGCUUCGAGGCCGCCGAGCGUAUCGAGGACAUGCUUGAGCCCGACCAUGGCGACCUCCUCGUCCUGCAGGCUCGCCGGCGGGCGCCCUUCGCUGGCGAGGGCGCCACCGUGAUCGGCGACCUGCGGCGCGCACUGCACUCCGCCGCCGUGGCCGCGGGACGGGCACCGGCCCCCUCUGGCUUCGACUUCCUCUGGGUGGUCGACUUCCCGCUCUUCUCGCCCGAGUCGGCCGUCGAACCGGGCCAGGGAGGCCGCGCAGGCAUCCGCGCCACGCACCACCCCUUCACGGCGCCCAAGACGGCGGCCGACGUCGACCUGCUCCUGACCGACCCCACGGCCGCAACCGCCGACCACUACGAUCUGGUAGUCAACGGCGUCGAGCUCGGCGGUGGGAGCCGGCGUAUCCAUGACGCCGUCGUCCAGGAAUUCAUCUUCCGGGACAUCCUGCAGAUGCCGUCUGCUCGGCUGGACGACUUUGCCCACCUGCUCGACGCCCUGCGUGCAGGAUGUCCGCCCCACGCGGGCCUGGCACUCGGAUUCGACCGGCUGGUCGCCGUCAUGCUGGGCAGGGACUCUGUCCGCGACGUGAUUGCCUUUCCCAAGACUGGGCGGGGGGAAGACGCGCUCGUCAAGGCGCCGAGCAUGAUGACCAGCGAGGCUUUGCGGACUUAUAAUCUGCGAUUAGACUAGUGUAUCACUGUAGAUCAUGUAUAUCAACCAUGUAUAAUAAAUAGAACAUCUCAGCUGUAUAAACUUGUGAACCGU